AUGUAUGUAAAAUAUUCUCUUUAUCAUUAUAGGUUUGAUGAGGCACUGGGAGAUUUUAAACAUGCCCGAAAUAAUUUACGAGGUAAUUCAGUGAUUGACUACACACAGUUGGGACUGAAACACAGACUGUAUGUCUGGGAGGUUCUGUACAACUUGGCUGCAGUGUACAGCAGACUGGGCCAGUGGCUGGAGGCUCGGCAAACCCUGGAAGAUGCUUUGCAAUUGGGGACCAAAGGCACAAUCACUAAACUUGACAGAGCAUUGAACAUGGUAAAAAACAGUAAUACCCUUGAACCAGUUGAUGUGCCUGAAGGGAUUGUGUUCAGACCUCGCAAGCAUGAAGUGGAAGAGCUGAACUUGAAAGAUUUCCUGGGAACACCAAAGGUGAUCUCAUCCAUUGAUCCAAAUGACAGCUUUGCAGGAUUCAAGCCGCUUGGUCCAUCGAAACCGGGGGAGCAAGUUGUCCGAGGAACAAGAGGGUAUCACCAGGUGCUGUUCGACUUUGCUCCAAAAACAGCAAGUGAGGUUGAGGCAAAAGCUGGGAAUGUUGUCUUUGUCUUGGAGAACGGAGAAGAUGGAUGGUCGACUGUUAUUGCAGACAAUGAGAAAGGGUUAAUUCCUACUGCAUACCUGGAGGUUUGGGCUAGAAACAGAGGAAACAAGCUGAAGCAAGGGUCUGGAAAUGUUGGUCAGACCUCUCCCCAAGUCCCAGCCAGCAGACAGAUGGGAACUGAAGGAGAAAUUCAUUCAGAGACUCUCUCAACUGCAGCAGGAUCUUGGAAGGACUCCUUGCUUGCUGAUUCCGUGAUAAUAAAGGUUCACUAUGAAUACACUCUGGCUACAAGGGUGAAGACUGGAAUAUCCUACAGUGAAUUUGUGAACAUCUUCAAAUCCAAACUGGGCCGGCAGUCAGGACAGAUACAAUUAAGUUACAAAGAGAAGGAGAAACAGGAAUUGGUGGAGAUCAGAGGAGAUGAAGAUCUAGCCAAAGUGUGGAAUCAGAUUGUUGACGGACGCCUCACUCUGUGGUGCAAGCACAAGGACCCUUUGUGUGGGCGUAAAGUGCUCUACCAAACACAGGCCCUCUAUGAUUAUAAUGGACAUGGUGCAGAAGAUGUGGAGUUCAACGAGGGUGAUAUCGUCGAUGUUCUGUCUGAGGUGAAUGAGGAGUGGCUGGAAGGACAUUCCAAUGGGAACAUUGGCAUCUUUCCCCGGUGUUUUGUCAGACCGAGAGCUUCAGCCGUGGCUGAAACCAGAAAGAUUGACCACUGUGAAGAUUCUGUUCAUGUGCAGGCUGUGGAAUAGAGAAGAAGUAGUGAAGUCGGAAUCUCUCAAGUAGUGAUUCAAAAGGCUUCUGCUAGUUCUAAACAUUUCACUUGCCCACCUUUCUUCCAUAACCAAUUUUCCUUUUGGGAUUUUUAAAAAUUCGGAUUCUGUAAUGAAGCUUCCACUGCCCUUUCAGUCAGUGCAUUCCAGAUCACAACUCACUCCUUUUAUCAUUUGAGGCUCCUAAAGCAUGAUAUUACUGUAAAAUUUCAUUUUCAUAGUUUGUUAACUCUCAUCCACCAUGUCUCUUACUCGUUUCACCAGUUAGUGUCCUACUGACAUUUGUGAUCAGCCUCCUGAUUAUUUGAGUCAUUUUCAAUCAUCUGUAAACUAUGAAACUGAGUCUUGUAUGUCCACCUGAUUAUUGGUAUAAAUUGCCAGAGCAGUGCUCCCAGUGCCGAUCUUU